AUGGAUCUUAUCCGAGCACCCUUUGACCUCGGCGGCGAAGCAGUCAAGCAAGUGUCCCAGGUCAGCGGCCAGGUUAUGGAGAGUGCCGGAGGCGGAGCGGCCGAGCUUAUGAAUAAUGUCGCUCAGACGUCCAAAGAUAUCACGGAUGCAAGCACAGGAAUUGGCCGUGAUAUCACAAACGGCGUUGCUGGUUUUACCAGGGAUACUGGACUACCAUUUAGCGGCAUCGCUGCGGAGGUUAUUAGGGGCAGUGGUGAGACGGCAGCGAAUGUUGUCCAGGCUGUUAAUAGUGUGCCAAUCGAGGCUGCGAGGGGAACAGCAAACACCAUCUCUUUUGUUGCGGGCACAGGCAGCCAGAUCGUCAAGGCAACGGGUGAUGGAGUCGCGGGGGCUCUAUCGCUUGCAGUGCGGCCGGAGGAGCUUGCCCAUAUGGUUGCUGGGGCUUUUUUGGACACGGGAUAUGGCAUGUUGGUUGAGAAAGUAAGGAGUCUUUCUCUCCCGGAGGUUCUCCCUUCAGCUACUGUUAUGAAUAUCCUCCUACUUGCCAUAAUACUCUUAUUGUUCACAGCGAUGUUUGAGUCGUAA